CGUCAGCGUCGGGAGAUACGCUUCCAGGUUCUUCGGGGUUGGAGGGCCUCCGAAGGCCCACCAAUAUCACGAAUCAACAUCCACCACAAAGCCGGAGACGUGGCACAACCUCCCCGGAGAAAAACCAGUCGCUUUAGAAAACCAGACAGGACACCGAGAAGGAAUUGACUCAACGACCGAGAGGAGGUGAGAAUAGCAGCUUGAUCUGUAUGGGUGCGAAGUUUGCGAAAACCUCAUGACCAUGUGCCCAAACGCACAUGCAUACUGGGGCAAAGCAUACUUUGCAUUAAAGCCAAUCACAGUCUCAGAGGAUCAUAAAGAGAUGAAGGUCAAGUUUUUCUGGCUCCGCAAGCACGAAGGCUCCAAAUCGGUUUCGCUCGAUGAUAUUCCUGAACUCCCGUCGAGUGCCAGUAAGGCUCAUAGCCCAAUCGACUUAUGGCAACGAGUUCCUGACAUGUUCGGCGUUGGGCCGACUAUGUUUGUAGGAGCCAAUACCCCGAUCAACAAGUCGCUAGCAAAUAUCGAGAGUUUGGAAGUAUCCAAUGAGCCAAACACGAGAUCGAGUUCUCGAUCACGGAGCCUCCUGUUAUCUAACUUGGUAACCGAGAGCUUCCGUCCGAGGCCUGGACAGUCGCAUUGCUGGACAGACUUCCUAACGCGCAUAUGCUCCGACAAGGGAACAUCUUUGUCCCUCGAGAACGUCAAGCUUUCGGGCCCCCUGUGCGUCCUCCUCUGGUUCGGCGUCGGAGCCGAUCUCCAUGCAGCAGAUGCCCGGCCGCAACAUGUGUCUUCGAUGUGUGAAGUUGCUGUAUCUUCGCCCGGCUCACUUCUGCGGCAAGACGUCGCAUUGCUGGACAGAAGUCAUCAUAGAGCACU